UCAUCCAAACUUCUUUGACCUUCCUUCCCCUAAACCCAUGCCCUCUCUUGACUCUUGACUCGUUCAAAUCAAUUGAUCUAACCUAAUCCAAAUUACCUAGAAACAAAAUUCUUUGGUAAAUCUGGCCUUCGAGAGACUAAGCCACUCUUAAUAAUUCAAUCGGACGGAAAGUAUUUUGUAUCAAUUAUCCGACUGGUCAGGGUCUGCUCUACACAACUUCGUGUCAUCAUCGCUUAGGACCCUGUGCCACAUGUUACGUGGUUCUGGUCUGGUACCUAGUACAGUACAGUAGGUACGCGGGUACUGUAGUUCCCUAUCGCCUUACACCCCCCGUUCUGUGUCUCGGAGUUUGCCCUUUUGUAAUCAUAUAAGACCAGGCCUGGCCGGCUUUGCCAACCCCCUCCGGUAUGCUCAAACAUAAAUUAGUCGUUGUACAGUCGAGGAAGUUUAUAACCACCGCUACGCGAACACAAUACGCCGAUAACUCCCACUCCUCUUAUAAGGCUGACAUAUACAACCAAGAAUCUGUCACCACUCCCGUACCCUCCAGCCUACCUAUCGGAAGACUUCCUCGACCAAUGUCGGUCUCUCAGAGCUCUAGGGAGCGAACACCGGAAGGUCGACCGGUUACCAAACCCCCCAGUAUGGGUUUAUUUCCCCUGGGCUACAAAGAGGCUGUGUCUCAAUGGUGGAAUAGCGUCACACCUACGAUCGCCGAGCGCAACGUCAUAUCAUGCAUUCCUUAUCUUCGAGAAGCUAUCGCUUCGCCGACGAAUUCCGCGACAGAAGUGCCAUCAGCGGAACAUCCUGGAGAAGCCCAGACGACAGCGAAAAUGGACCCCUAUGGACCGAGGGCUUGGAAGUCGACGAUGGUUGAGCUGUCAGGCAAGAACCGAAGCAUGAAUGAGUUUUCGGUUGAGCACGUUGGAGAGUCAACUGACGAUACUCUGGUCAUGCUUCAUGGGUACGGAGCUGGCCUCGGGUUUUACUACAAGAACUUCGAGGCACUCAGUCGAUCAAAAGGCUGGAAGCUUUACGCGCUGGAUUGGUUAGGAAUGGGCAACUCAACCAGGCCUCCCUUUAGGAUUUGUUCGAAAGACCCAGAAGCGAAGAUUACGGAGGCAGAGAACUGGUUUAUAGACGCUCUAGAAGAGUGGCGGAAAAUUCGAAAGAUCGAAAAGUUCACUCUUCUUGGCCAUUCUUUGGGUGGCUAUUUGGGUGUUUCCUAUGCACUCAAAUACCCAGGUCACCUAAAUAAGCUUAUCCUCGCCUCUCCAGUAGGAGUUCCCGAGGAUCCUUACGCUGUCAACGCCGACAUGCCAGAACCUAUGGAUUCGUCUUUACAAGACGAGUUCACUGUGGAUCAGCAAACGACAACCAAAGGCCAUGGUGGUGGUACCCCUAAUGCGAAACAGGCGGACGCUAACGCGCCGAAAAAACGGCCAUAUUCUCCGUGGCUGACCUGGCUAUGGGAUGCAAACGUGUCGCCAUUCAGCAUCGUACGGUUGGCGGGCCCAUUGGGCCCACGACUUACUUCAGGUUGGACUACGCGACGGUUUAACCACCUGACACCCGAAGAGAAACAAACGCUUCAUGAAUAUGCAUACUCUAUUUUCAGGCAAAGAGGAAGUGGCGAAUACGUCUUACCGUAUCUUCUUGCUCCCGGCGCCCAUGCAAGACGGCCAAUUAUCAAUCGUAUUCAUUGCGUAGGGAGACAAGUUGUGACUCCUGCAACCGAGACAUCGCCAGCCGUGAAGGAAACGGGCUAUCCUAUUAUCUUCAUGUACGGCGAGAAUGAUUGGAUGGAUGUCGCGGGUGGUCUUGCCGCGGAAGAGAAGCUCAAGCAAGCUAAAAUUAAGGCACUUCUUCACGGCACCGACGAAGAGAAGCGAAAGGAGAAUGGGGCGGCGAAGGUGAUUGUUGUUAGCAAAGCUGGUCACCAUUUAUACCUCGACAAUCCGGAUGAGUUCAACGAAUACAUCCGCAAAGAAUUAGAAGACACUCGAAAAGAAACACUAGCAGCGAAAGUGCAGUCUUGAGCCUGCUGUUUUGGUGUAGAGAAAGUCGGUGGUUUUUGAUAAAAUGCAUUGCUUGGUGUUCCGGUGUGAUGUUGAGUUCAACAAGAAAGCGGGUUGUUUAUGAUGCAUGAUAUCAAUAAGCACGAGGAUUGUCGCCUUCUUAUAGGCACCCAGUUACUUGGUAAUGAGUGAAAGGACAGGAUUUAGAUCAAUGUGUACUACUAGAAGGCAUUUAUUAUAUGCAUUAGAGCUUGACAUUGUCAGCUUCUAUCCCAAUGGAUGGAAUAGAUUAAUUAUUAACACCACUUAACGAACAAGAUUUGAUAUAGUUAAACAGUAAAUGGGAGACAGCAAGAAGUACAGUGAAUAAAUGUACUGUGUAGUACCUAGUACCUACCUAGUAUGUAG